GUCAGUUGACUAAAUUUGGACCUAAGAAUCUAUGUUCCAGGCCCAUUCCCCUGCUUCUCUUUUCCUGUUCCCCAUUUCGCAUUCAUAUGCCUCAAUUCCUGUCCGUAACUUACCUUUCUUCUGCGACAGGAAUGCUCAAUUCUUCAAAACCCUAGCUCAUAGCGUCAUGCGCAUCAAUGUUAUUUCCAUCAGGAAACAAAUAAUUCCAAAACAUUUCCUCCAAAUUCGAUACUUUUCUGUUAUCAGCCCCACAAAAGCACCCCAAAACGACCCGGAACAGAGCAUCGGACCACCAAUUCAUCACGACAUAUUCAAAUCAGGUCAGAAAUUCGGUUCUUUUAGAGUGGGCGACUCCACAUUUUACACCCUCAUUGAGAACUUUGCAAAAGCAGGAGAUUUGUCAUCCUUAGAGAAUGUUUUCAUUCAAAUGAAGCAUGAAAGAAGAGUCUUUAUAGAGGGAAACUUUAUUCUAGCAUUCAAAGCUUACAACAAAGCAAAUCAAGCAGAAAAAGCUCUGGACUUGUUUCAUAAAAUGUGGGUUGAGUACCGAUGCACACCAACUGUUCGAUCAUUUAACUCAGUCAUUAAUGUGGUUAUACAACAAGGUUUAUAUGAUAAGGCUCUAGAUUUCUAUUCUUGUGUUAUUGUCCAGGAGAAACGCGUAUCACCGAAUGUGUUAACAUAUAAUUUGAUUAUUAAACUGUUAUGCAAAUUAGGAUGGGUCGAUAGAGCCAUCGAGACGUUUAGGGAGAUGCCGUUUAAGAAAUGCAUACCAGAUGUGUUUACUUAUUGCACUUUGAUGGAUGGAUUAUGCAAAGAAGACAGACUCGAUGAGGCGGUUUGUCUCUUGGAUGAGAUGCAUGUUGAGGGUUGCGUUCCAACCGCUGCAACGUUUAAUGUUUUGAUCAAUGGAUUAUGUAAAAAGGGUGAUUUAGCUCGCGCGGCGAAGGUUGUAGAAAACAUGUUUUUAAAAGGUUGUGUUCCAAAUGAGGUAACGUAUAACACUCUUAUACACGGUCUCUGCUUAAAGGGUAAACUAGACAAAGCGGUUAGCCUUUUGAAUAGAAUGGUUAGUAAUAAAUGUAUUCCUAACGAUGUUACAUAUAGUACACUCGUAAACGGGUUAGUAAAGCAAGGAAGGGCUGUUGAUGGCGCAUCUUUGUUAAUUUCCAUGGAAAAAAGAGGACAUAAAACAAACGAGUAUGUUUAUUCAACGCUUAUAAACGGGUUCUUCAAAGAGAGAAAGCCCGAAUUGGCAUUGAAAAUCUGGAAAGAUAUGAUAAACAAGGGAUUGAAGCCGAAUAUUGUACUUUACGGUACUCUUGUAGAUGGUUUAUGUCGAGAAAAGAAACCUGAUAAAGCUAAGGAUAUUAUAACCGAAAUGGAGAAGAUGGGUUGCAAGCCGAAUGCUUUUGUAUAUAGCUCGUUAAUGAAGGGUUAUUUCAGUACGGGUAAUACCGAUAAAGCCCUCGAUAUUUGGAAAGAGGUUGAACGUAACGAUUAUGUGCGAAACGAAGUUUGUUAUAGUGUAGUUAUUGACGGGCUAUGCAGUAACAGGAGGCUAAAGGAAGCUAUUGCGGUUUGGGAGAAUAUGUUGUCAAAAGGGUAUAAACCGGAUGUUAUCGCCUACAGUUCAAUGACUCAUGGGUUAUGCAAUAACGGGUUUGUUGAAGAAGGUUUAAAACUUUUUAACCAGAUGUUAUGCGAAGGGUCAGGCUCUAAGCCUGAUGUAGUGACAUAUAAUAUAAUUUUAAACAGUUUGUGCAACAAUGGUUCUGUUUCCCGAGCUAUUGAUAUACUAAACCGCAUGCUGGAUCAUGGGUGCGAUCCUGAUUUGGUGACGUGCAACGUUUUUCUGAAAACGUUGAAAGAACAAGGACAAGAUGGGAGUGAGUUUCUUGAAGAACUUGUGAUUCGGCUUCAUAAGCAAAAGAGAGUUGUGGGGGCUUGUAAUAUUAUUGAAGUGAUGCUUCAAAGGUAUCUUGUACCGAAAGAAUCGACUUGGGAAAUUGUUGUUCAACAGGUUUGUAAACCGAAAAAGAUUAGAGUUGCAAUUGAUAGAUGUUGGAAUAAUCUAUAUGUUCAAUAACGGAUGCUACAGUUUGUUUCUUUUUUGCUGAUAUUGUGUUAUACAUGAUACUGAAUUUAUUGUAUGAUUGUUGUAAAACUGCAAUGCAAACCAUGUAUAUGUAACGUGUCCCAGUACAAGUUGAAGCUGUUGUAUUUAA